AUGCUAGGAAAAAGGAAACUUGUUGAAGCCCAAAAAGAAAAAAAGAAAAAAAAAUGGAUUGAAGAAUUAGAUGACGAUUCUGAAGAAAUUGAUUUAGACUGCCUAAACAAUUUGGAAGAGGAGGAAAUAGCUGAUUUGGAAAAGGAGGACGAGGAUGUUCUUGAAGAAGAGGGAAAAAAUGGCGCAUCCAACAUGACUGCAGGUGAUGAUGAAACUAUCAUCGAUAAUGGAAACAAUAAAAAGAAAAAAAGAUACGACUGGAUGAGUAGUGACGAUGAAGAUAUAUCAAGCGAAGAGGAUGAGGAAGAGGAGGUGGUGGAAUUAGUUGAAAAGGGAAAAGAAAAGAAGGAACAAGAGCAGGACGAAGAGAGAAUAAAUAGCAGUGAUGAAACCCACAUGAAACCUGACAACGCUUCUGAGCAAGGUACACGUUCUAGAAAUAGCAGUGAGCUAAAAGGAGGGGAAGAAAAUGGGAAUGUAAGGUACCAUCCAAAUGGUACGAUAUAUGAUAUGAAUAAUAGUUAUUGGAAGAACGAAAAUAUAGGCAAGAUCAACAUUGAUGAAAGGAGCAACCAUAGUGACGAUGGCCCGAUGGAAAUUAUUGAAAAUAUAAAUAAAUAUUCAAUUAACCCCUUAGACAUCAAACUGAAAGAAAUCGAGCAUCUAGUAACGUACGUAUACUUUAACAACAUUCAUUUCAGUUGUGUUACGGAACAUUUGGUGCAGUUUUUAGAAAAAUUCACAAAAAAUAAAAUCGUGCAAAUUAAUUCAGACAAAUCAACAAAUCAUACGAUUAUAUACAAGUAUGAUGGAAAAAAUAAUGAAACAGUUUUGAUAAAUAAAUUUCCGCAUUAUGGGAAGUUAUUUGUUCAUGUCAAAAAUUAUCAAGAUGUUCUGAGGCUGCUUAAACUGAAUGAAACACAAUUCAUGGGGAGAAUCAUAAAAUCUACACAAGCGUAUAAAAAGAAAAACAGUUUCUAUAUCUUGCAAGCACCAUCACACUACAAGUAUUUCAUCCAAGUUUUAGCCAGCGAAAAAAACAAGAAUAGUACGAACUAUGUGUAG